CUGACUUAGCCGCUCUAUAGUUUACUAUAAUAGCUCGUUGGUUAACUCAGUUAACUUAACUGGAUUGAUCUGUAAAAUUGUAUAAUAUACAUCAAGUCAUCCUAGUAAAUUAAACUUAGAAAACGAAUAUUUGAAUUUUAUUGUUCCUUUAUGGUAUAUUAUUUUGUCCUAUUUUUAGAAAAAUGGAUAAAGAGAUCAAGAUCGAGAAGCAGGAGAAUGAAUUUGGAGAAUGUGAAUUAGCAACUAGCAACGUCAAAGAUGAGUCAUCCUCGCACAAUGGUUCAACUUCCAAUCAGAUGGCGAGAGUUAAGCAGGAGAAUGAUAGCAGCCAAGAACCAGCGCCAGAGUGCAGCACUGCAUGCUCUCCAACUGAUGAUGAUUUCAGCCAACAACAUUAUCUAAUCCCUGGCUAUAAUCUAAUAUUCAUCAAAGAGGAAGAAUAUGUUGAGCAAGAGGCAGAAGGAUGUUCAGUGGAGAGUGAACCGGAGAUGUGGCCUCUAAACUGCAGCACAUCCGAAACUGCCAAUGCAACAGAAGUGGGUGGACUGAAUGCACAUUCAAUCUCUCCCAUGGAAGAGUACACUGAGCCAUCUGUGGCUGGCAAAAAGAUCAAGCUCUACAGCUGUGCUGACUGCAGCUAUAAAACUCCAUCGAUCACUCAUUGGAAGAGACACAUGACGAAACACACUGGGAAAAGAAUUUCAGUUGUUGAAGUUGAGAAACAAGAAAGUGCUUUUGAUGACAGUCUGAUUGGAGCUGCACGUAGUGAUACAGCUACUCAGCAGAUCAAGAUCGAGAAGCAGGAGGAUGAAUUUGGAGAAUGUGAAUUAGCAACUAGCAACUUCAAAGAUGAGUCAUGCUUGCACAAUGGUUCAACUUCCAAUCAGAUGGCGAGAGUUAAGCAGGAGAAUGAUAGCAGCCAAGAACCAGCGCCAGAGUGCAGCACUGCAUGCUCUCCAACUGAUGAUGAUUUCAGCCAACAACAUUAUCUAAUCCCUGGCUAUAAUCUAAUAUUCAUCAAAGAGGAAGAAUAUGGUUAAAGUUGAGAAACAGGAAAGUGCUUUUGAUGACAGUUGGAUUGGAGCUGCACGUAGUGAU